AUGGCCUCCAGAUCCACCACUCUCCCUCCUUUAGCACCAUUUCCUGAAGCGGCCUGGAUAAACCACCUUGUUCCAGCAGAAUGGGAGGCUUGUCUCGAUGCCUGGAUCAGUAUCUCCAGUGCACAUCUAUCGUUAACCGCAUCGGAUUUUCUACGCGUCUCACUCAAGGACGAGUCUCUACCAGUCUUCCUCACUUCUUAUGCGGCAGAGACAGCCAAGUCUCACGUGGACCCUGUUUCUACGGAUAUAUCAAAAACCCAACAACUACGAAAACAAUGCUUUUUGCUGUCCUACAGACUUUUCGACGUUGAUGCAGUUCCUGGACCUUUUCUUCAAUGGGAAUUUCUCGCAGACCUCAGCAAAAUAUAUGGCCAGCGCCAAGGUUCCAAAAUCACUUCGUCUGCUUGGAAAAGAUCCUCGUCUUCUCUAGAAAAUUCUCUAGGACUGAUCAAGGCAUCUUUGACAAGAGACCUAGAAGCAGGGAUGAAAGGUGAUCUGAAAAGAGCAGAAUCAACCCUCAAAAGGCUGAACCACCUUCUACACGCGUCUUAUGAAGCUGCUACAUUUCUCGUGGCUGGCAGUGACUUUCUAGAUGCUCUUAUAAGCUGCUAUAAGCUCAUGAAUCCACCACUACGGAAAGCUAUCAUUGCAACAACAUACCUAUGCUUGAUUGGCCUCACUGAAGGGGAAAAGCCGAAAUUUUCUUCUCUUGUGGAUCAGCUAUACUCCCUAAAAGCUGCAGCGGAUACACAUAAAUCAGGGCCUACGAAUGUCAACGAUUCUCUAGUUGCCGAGCUGGUUACUGUUACUCCAAUCCUGAAUCAAAUUCAACAGCGAAUAGAAUCAAGUGGAUCCGGAUCAAGUAGGGCAAAGUCUGUCCUUACUGCAUUGGAAGGAUUCAAGAAACCAAGUUCCAACCAAAGACCAGCGAGGAUUCUUAAGAGGAAACUCAACAAUGGGAAGGGGGGUGCAAAGGCAGAUGAUAACUUUGGACAGAGAUCACAAGUUCAUGUCCAUCGCAUGAGUUUAAUAUCUCAGGUCCAGGAUCUCUUCCCUGAGCUUGGCUCGGGCUUUGUCGUAAAGCUCCUCGAUGCAUAUAACGAUAAUGUGGAGCAAGUAAUCUCUCAUCUCCUCGAGAGCUCUUUACCUCCUAACCUACAAGAUGCCGACCGAUCUGAGGAGCUAAAUAUCUCCUCUCGGCCCUUCGGUGACCUCGCACCAAACUUGGUGCCCCAUUCCACGCCUCCUCAGCUCCCCUCUCGUCGAAACGUCUUCGACGACGACGAAUUUGACCAACUGGCAAUCGACACCUCACGUCUCCAUUUCGGCCGCCGAAAUCCAAACGCAAACGCGGAGGAUAUCUUGCAAGACCGAUCUACGGCGCCAGCAAAAGCAGCUAUCUUGUCUGCACUAGCAGCUUUCGAUUCCGACGAUGAUGAGCGCGACGAUACCUAUGAUAUUGAGGAUGUCGGUGGCACUGUUGAUACCGCCAACCCCGAGGAAGCGACCGCUGAUGUGAGAGAUGGGAAUGAUGAGCCGCUAUUCAAAGCGUAUACCGCUACGCCCGACGUGUUUGGAAGGGAUGCUGCUACCAGGAGAGGCAAUGGGAGGACGAAGCUAAAGCAGGAGACAGGCAUGACUGACGAGGCGAUCGAGGGGUGGGGUCUCAUGUUGUCGAGGGACACAAGGCAGAUGAAGCGACUUGAGGCAAAAUUCUCCACGUUUACCGGUGGCCAGAACUCGCUUGCGCCUACCUCGUGGAAAGCAAGUCCGGCUGGGUCUGGAAUGGAGGAUUCUGAUGUUGAUGGGGGAAAUCGUGGAAGAGGUGGCUUCAGGGGGAGG